AUGCAGCAGCUCCGGCAAGUGAUCCUCAGGCAUGUGAGGAUUCCAGUACAGCAGACCAGCAACCCAGCAGCAGCGGCGGUCUCGUCGUUUUGGCGAGGGUUCGCUGGCGGUGGCUACCUGGACAAGGACGAGGUCACCUCGCGUGUUUUGAAUGUCGCGAAGCACUUCGAGAAGGUGGACCCCGGCAAGGUUGUCCCAACCGCUAGCUUCGAGAAGGACCUGGGCUUGGACAGCCUCGACGUGGUCGAGCUUGUGAUGGCCUUUGAGGAGGAGUUUGCGAUCGAGAUCCCCGACGCAGACGCCGAUAAGAUCUCAUCCGUGUCCGACGCCGUCAACUACAUUGCCAGCCACCCCAUGGCCAAGUGA